AUGUAUUCAACAAAUCCUAUAUUGCAAUAACAAUUUGGUCAAUAAACUAAUCAGUUCCAGGUUUCACCAAGAUAAAAUCAGUUUGUUCAAUCUCCAAGACAAUUUUAGUAAUCUCCAAAUUAUAACAACGCCUAAAUGUUAUCUCCUCAACAAAGAUAAUUAAUGGUUAUUAUUAUGUUAAAUGAUUUAGGGAUCUCCACUAUCACAACAAAUGAAACAGCUACAAUUACAAUAAAGUCCGAUUAUACCAACGAGAUAGACCUAAUAAAACCCCAUAAAUACAUCAAAUCCUAAAACCAUUAAACCAACUAAUUAAUCCUAAAAGGUUGGUCAAAGUUAACAAACAUCGUAACCUUAAGGAUAGGCUUAGGAAUUUAGACAUUUAGAGAGACCAUUACAAGUAGUAAAAGCCGAUGGUAAAAGUUCUAAUCGAUUUUAAAAGAUAUUGAGGCUCCAUGGAAGUAAAAAUGCACAGCUUUGGAAAGAUAAAUUUUAGAGUUACAAAUUCAAAUAAAAAAGAACAAUGGGACAAUUGUAGAGGAAAAUUUUUAAGAAGUAUAAGAUGACACAAAGGUUAAGAACUUAUUAAACUAAAAACAAGAAUUAGAAAAAAAGAUGUCUGAUGAUGAAGAAUUUAUGAAAGAACUAAGAUUAAAAUUGUAAGAGUUAUAGGAAGAAUACUAAGUUAUAAUAACAGAGAAAGUCACUUAUGCAUCAAGUGAAGUAGAAACAUGGAUGAAGAAGUACACAAAUUUAGAGAAAAAUUAUAAGGAAAGCUAAUAAAAGAUAUCCGAUCUUAAAAGAUAAUUAGCAUAGGUUGAAGCAGCCGAUAAAGCAGCAUAGGAUUAAAAGAAAAUGGAAGCAAAAUCAGAUGUUAGAAAAAGCUCUAAAAUCUUUUGA